ACGUCAAGGAGAGACAUCAGAGAAGCGAAGAGAGAAGAAAUCACCAGAUAGCAAAGAUGCAGCAGAGUCUGUUUCUACUCAUUCUGAUGGGUCAGUGUUCCUUCUUCACUUGUCACCUCUAUGAGUACCACUUUAUCAAAGAGGAAAAGUCCUGGAAGGAAGCCCAGACGUAUUGCACAGAGAACUACACGGACCUGGCCACAGUGUCUAACAUGACAGACAUGAAGAGACUCCGUGACUCUACAGUGAAGCAAGACGAAGCCUGGAUUGGGCUGUACAGCAACCCAGGAAACAGGAGCUGGCACUGGUCUCUGCCAGGGGUGGAGUUCAAUGAUAAUGAGACAGAAUGGAGCUUGGGAGAACCAAAUGAUAAAGGAGGUAUCGAGAACUGUGUGGAGAUGAAAAAUCCCAAAUGGGAGGAUUUCCCUUGUACAGAUACAUUUAAAUUUAUCUGCUACGAUGAAACAAAGCAAUCCAAUGAUAAAUUCAGUUUGAUUAACAACGUAAUGACCUGGCCACAGGCUCAGAACUACUGCAGACAACAUCACACUGACCUGGUCAGUGGACUCAAUCAGUUAAAAGAACUAACGGAUGUCAGUUAUUCUGGAAAGAACUUGUGGAUCGGCCUGUUCAGAGACACCUGGAGGUGGUCAGAUGGGAGCAAUUCUUCUUUCAGAAACUGGGAUCUGGAGUUAUUUAAAGAUGAAGACAACAAGACAUGUGCUAUGACUGUGUUAAAUAGAGUUGCAAAAUGGAACUCUGAUGAUUGUAAUAAAACAAAGCCCUUCUUCUGCUAUGACGAUAAAGUGAUCCUGAUCAAACAAAACAAGACCUGGGAGGAGGCCUUAUAUUACUGCAGAGAGAACCACAAUGACCUGGUCUCCAUCACUAAACCUGACGAGCAGAGAUGGGUCCAAGAGAGAGCCAAGAAGGCCGACACUCCUUUUGUCUGGCUGGGACUGCGCUACACCUGCACUCUGGGUUUCUGGUUCUGGGUCAGUGACGAGGUAGUCAACUAUAAGAACUGGGCUCCGGGUCAAAACAUGGAUAAGUGUGACAUGUCAGGAGCCAUAGACAAAGGAGGACAACAUGAGUGGUUCAAAAAGGUGGAUAAUGAGGAGUUUAAUUUCAUCUGUUCUAAGCGUUGAAACCCACUGUGCUCACUGGGAGCAGACGUUUUAUUCAUUCACUCGCUUUGUCUUUUACUUUGGAAGAGGUUUACACUAUAUAUAUGUUCUCUGGGUUUAUUGAAUGGAAUUCUGGGAAAUUAAGGAAUCCGAACCUGGGGAGGAGAGAAAUGAAAAUUACUAAUAUGCAGAUUUUAAAUUGAGGUAAAGUGGUUACGCUUUAUUCAGUCACAAAGUACCACAAGAUUACUAAGGAUGUGACCAGUAACAUGUUUUUCUGUCUCCUUUUUCUGAUUCACUAACACCUGAAUGAUCCCUAGAUGCCAGAUUACAGUGACUAUUUGUUAUUUUCUGAAGAUAUGCAACACUUUAUAUUCUUUUUAUCAAGUUUUGGUUAAGAUCUGGUGAUGGUUACAUAGUUAUAUUAUGUAAAAUCUUUGUUUUUGAUGGUGACAUUUUUGGAGUUUUAUGUAAACAGAUAAUUGCUUUUUCUGAGU